AUGGAAGACACCAAAGGCAGAGUAUGUGUUACUGGUGGUACUGGCUUCAUAGGUUCUUGGAUCAUUAAGAGACUUCUUGAAGAUGGCUACUCAGUUACUACUACCGUUAGAUCCAAGCCAGAACACAAGAAAGAUGUGAGCUUCUUCACAGAUUUGCCAGGAGCAUCUCGGAGGCUACAAAUUCUGAAGGCAGACCUACGCGAGCCGGAAAGUUUCAAGGAAGCCAUUGAAGGGUGCAUUGGAGUAUUCCAUGUGGCUACUCCAGUGGAUUUUGAGGAAGGGGAACCUGAAGAGAUUGUGACCCAAAGAUCCAUUGAUGGGGCAUUGGGAAUUCUGAAAGCAUGCCUCACUUCAAAAACUGUGAAGAGAGUCAUUUACACUUCCAGUGCCUUUGCUGUUAAUUAUAGUGCCAAAGAAGAGGAAGUGAAGGAUGAGAGCUCAUGGACUGACGUGGAUUCUCUUAGAACUUCAAAACCAUUUGGAUGGUCUUAUGCAGUUUCUAAGACAUUGACAGAGAAAGCAGUGCUUGAAUAUGGACAACAAAAUGGAUUAGAUGUUGUCACUGUGCUUCCCAGUAUUGUUGUUGGAUCCUUCAUUUGUCCUAAGCUUCCUGGUUCUGUUGGUUCGGCACUCUAUUUUUUAUUAAGUAAGAAAGACCCAUUUGCUUAUCUGCAGCUACCUAUGGUGCAUGUGGAUGACGUGGCAAGAGCACAUGUAUUUCUGCUUGAACAUCCUAAGCCAAGGGGAAGAUAUAAUUGUUCUUCAUGUCUGGCUACUGUUGAAAAACCACUUGAAAUUGUGUCUGCUAAAUUUCCAGAACUUCAAAUUCCAACCAUAGAUUCCUUAAGAGAAAGAGCUAGCCUGAAAGUUUCAGAUCUGUCAUCUAAGAAGCUUACAGAUGCUGGGUUUGAGUUCAAGUAUGGACUUGAGGAAAUGUUGGUGGAUGCUAUUGGAUGCUGCAAAGAAAAGGGUUAUCUGUAG